UUGUCUGCUGAGCACAGAGACACUUCAACAGGAUCCUGGCAGAGUGUGUCAGAGCUGAAUAACCCUCAGCAGGAAGAUGAGCUCCACCGAGAUUCGUCCUGUUGUUAUUCUGACGGCGUUAUGUGUGACCGGUUUGGUCGUAGCCGGCCCGGUGCACUCAAUCCCUCAUCAGAGAGCAGCCAGACAACAAGGAGGCGCUGUUCUCUUUUACGCAGCCUUCCAGGGCUCUCUGAGAGACAUCCUGUACGACCCAGUCAUCUUCAACCAGGUGGUGGUGAACCAGGGCUUGGGCUACAACAACGACACGGGAGUGUUCACCACACCUGUCCCUGGCAUCUACCAGUUUGUGUUUGCUGCCCAGCUGUGCCGCGGAGACCACGACAAUUCCUGGCGCUUCAUGGUCAACGGGGUCCACAGCAUGUCCUGCAUCGCUCAGGUGUCUGGUCUUGACACAACCCUCAACACCUGCUACUACAUGAAGGAGCUGAAGAGAGGCGACCAGGUGUGGGUGAAGCAGGAAGUGGGAAGCUGCGCCUGGGCCAGCACCAUCUCCAACACUAUCACCUUCUCCGGCGUCCUGCUGGCGACUGAGGGUGUGUCCACGCUGGGAGGGAAGUACAGCUCCUGUCCACUGCCCAGCCUGGGACACAGCAGGGACAUUGUGCCCCACUCUGCAGGCUGCAGAGUGUCUCUGGACAGUGUGGCCGUCGCUCUGUUGCUCUGCUGCCUCCUCUGGGAUUAAUGAGAGCCAACACACAGACACCUGCUGUGUGUUGUAUAAGCUAUGACUUUAUUCUGUUUGAUUAUUCAAAGGUUCCAGGUCUACUUGAUGUUUUCUUCCUUUUUUAAAGUGUUAAACUUUCCAACUCAGUCUCACUCCGAAGUCACUGAAUACCAACGCGUGGUCAAUCCGACCAAAAUUCAACAUCUGUCCAACGCAAGAGUCCAAUGUCUCUCUGACGUCAUACUGACGUGCGUUGCCGGCUGGGGAGUUGAUAAAAAUGUUGAUUCACUCAUCUGAGUCGUUUUACUGUGCGCUCAAAGAAGUGACAUUAACAAGCAGCAGCAAGUGUCUGACAGAUCUUGUUUGCCCUGAAUACCAGGGAGCCGGUCUUUAAGAUAAAGUACGAUAACAGCAGUUUUCUCAUUAUUUACUGCACAGAUUUUUGGAUCUGUGACAGAAACAAAAACUCUGCCUGUACAGCGACUGUACACGCACUCAGGGUACCUUGCACAUCAUAUCUUGAUGUAGAAAGUCCAUGACCAAACGUUUAUAUGUGAUGAGGUCGGAGUGAGAAUGUGUUGAACUUAAAGCGUUUUCUUUUCUUUUUGUUUGACAUUUAAAGGUUCAGUGUGUCAGAUUUCACGGGAUGUUGUCCACUUGAAACUUUCUUCAGUGUUCAUUGAUACAUAUAUAUAUAUAUAUAUAUAUAUAUAUAUAUAUAUAUAUAUAUAUAUAUCUAUAUAUCACUUUAUUAUUGUCCGGUUUGAGGACACUGGGACGUCAGACUGUUCCUGCAGACAAAACAUUAUGGAACAUGGAAAAUUCAUGCAGAGUUUCUAAAUGAACAAAUCACAGACUUUUAGAGAUGUUGUAUUAUUUGAAAUUUAGUUUUUGCACAACAGACAUUAAAAUAAACGGAUUUAUACUUUAUGACACACUUUUGAUUAUUAAGAUUAACCCAAUGUCCUCAUUUGAGGACAUCUUACUUCCUGUUCAAAAACAGAGUUUAGUUUUUAGACUCAUCAGGUCCGACUGCUCCCAAACAGCUGGGAGACAUUAGACAUGUGUACCAAACUAAAGCUGAGGGUCUCAGGAGGAUUAAAGGUUCAUUAUUGUUCAUUAUUGUUUUUAAAUAUCUGUUUUGGUUUUCAUAAACUCCUGAGUAAUAAAAAGAAAAAAAAAGUGGCUCUGA